CAUGGAAACACCGUCUAUUGGAACUGCAGGUCGCGAGGUAAAAGUCACGGGACAUGCAACGCCAGACUCUCCACUACGAAUCUUCCGAACGGAAGAAAGCAGCAUUGCCAUUUAUUCGGCAACCUCGAGAGGAAGGAUGCAACUCAUCUAUGGGGGCCAGCCGUUCAUAUUUGAAAAGACCCUGAAGUUGUCUUCCGGGGAAGAGAAACGUUUCUGGCGAUGCAAUCAGUGGUGGAACCAAAAAUGCCGUUCACGAGUUUUCACCAUCAACGAUGUGGUCUGUCCCCUUAAUCGCUUUCAUACCCACGAGGAGAUUGUGCGUCGGAAGAAGCGUGUGCGUCGAGUGCCGCCGGUAGAGACUAUUUCAAAGGUAGCUCCCACAACUACCAGGCAGCAGCAACAGCAACAGCAGCACCAGCAACAUCAACACCAACAGCCACAGCAACAAGAGAUUCAACUGACCAGCGAUGCCAUGCUGACCACCGCGCUAGAAGACGAAUCCCCGGCUACCAUCGACGUCAGCGAACUGGGCAUGCAUCUGAAGUACGAGGAGAUCGUCGCGGAUGUCACCGGCAUUGUGGGAGGGGCCACGAGAGUAGUUAGCCGCAGAAAGUGAGGGCCGUACUUCUUUAUUGAAUUGGGACGAUUUUAAUUGUGACAAGAAAGAGAAUACCGCUUAAGUAAAAUAAGUAGAUCCUUAAAUUUAAAAUUCGAAACUUUAAAGUUCUAUUUUUUUAGACUCGUGUUGAAUCAGACUUUUUUAUAUUCAAUCCUCCCCCUUAAAUCGGUCUCCGAAUUAUUCGUAUCCAUAAGUGUAAGCUCGUGUUUGUUGCGACAGACAAGUUAGUAACUAGAAUCCAUUCUAUAAAAACAUUUUAAUUUAUGUAAAUCAAAUAAAAUUAAGGCUUUAACAUUGCAA